UGCUUCUAACUGCAGCUCCCUGGCGUCACAGGAGAGCCCCUGCACCCUGCGUUAAAGUUCCUCGUAAUUUUCGCUUGUUGGAAGAACUUGAAGAAGGACAAAAAGGAGUAGGCGAUGGUACGGUUAGCUGGGGCCUUGAAGAUGAUGAAGAUAUGACACUUACAAGGUGGACAGGCAUGAUUAUUGGGCCACCAAGGACAAAUUAUGAAAACAGAAUAUAUAGCCUGAAAGUAGAAUGUGGACCUAAAUACCCAGAAGCACCUCCAUCAGUUAGAUUUGUAACCAAAAUUAAUAUGAAUGGAAUAAAUAAUUCCAGUGGAAUGGUGGAUGCACGGAGCAUACCAGUGUUAGCAAAAUGGCAAAAUUCAUACAGCAUUAAAGUUGUACUUCAAGAGCUAAGACGUCUAAUGAUGUCCAAAGAAAAUAUGAAGCUUCCACAGCCACCAGAAGGACAAACAUACAACAAUUAAUUUUAGUGGAUUUAAAACUUGUCUUAAAUCAACAACCUUCUAUUCAUGUUAAUGUCUUGAUUAAAUAUCACAAUGCAAAAUACCCACACAUUAAGUAAGAUAAUUCCAGCUGGUAAACAUGACCUGGACAUCUGUAAGAGUAUAUUUAAUAUAUGUACACCCAUUAUGUUUUCAGGUAACAGGAGGAAAAUUCAGCACAGUUUUUUUUCUUGUUAAGGCACCGUCAUUUAAGCAUGAACCUGGAGUACUCAGAGUGGAACUCAGGUUUCCAGGUGGAAGAACAGCGAGAAGAGUCAGAUGGCUGUGCAAGCAGAUGUGUUUCUGAAGAGAAAGCUCGAGAAGGAAAACCCGGAACGGCGUGCUCUUGCUUAGUGAAAGAGCUUCCGUUGAAAUUGUCUAAAAUAGCAGGUACAAUGAGUAUUGUCACAAAAUGUGUUCAUUUUUGAAGCGGUAUAGGUGCUGACUACUAGUAGUAUCAAAAAUACGUUCAGGAUUGUUUUGAUACCUGUAUUUAUAAUAAAAUUGUUGUGGGGAGGUGGACGGAUUUCCGUUACAAGCUGUUCCUGGGUGUUCCAUGUACCAGACGCGGUGAAGAGUUGUUUACAGUCUUUGUUGGACAAACCAUGCAUUUACAUUUAAGUGAAAUCAACAAAAAGGAAAUAGAUGUAUGGAUAUGUGAUUUUGAGAUUAACGUUAGUCUUAAAUUGUAAAUAAAAUGUGGAAUGUGUCCUCAGAAGCUGUGCCAUUUCUGUUAUAUUGAUGUGGUAUGUGUACAGUAACUUGCUGAGGUAGCAGAAAUUGGAAUUAUUGUAGCCUUCCCCUAUACACACCUUUUAUUAUUUAUCCUAUAUUGUAUACUUCUUGCAAAUUGGAAUUUGUGGAGUAUUUAACAGUACAGAUUACCUAAUAAGUUUAAUUUCUUGUUAGGAGAAGGAGGAAUCCCAGGUAUUAUGUUUUGAAUUUGAUUUCACCAGAAAUAUUGUUAAGAAAGAUGUUUGAGUUCUAGCAAUUUUUAUAGAAUUAGAGAUUGCAAAUUAUCCAAAUAUACGUUCCAGUUUUUCUUCAUAAUAUCUGCCCCCAGUGCUCUUAGCACUAACUGGGGUUAGUUUUGUUCAUUUAUCCUUUGCUUUGGCAGCUACAUAAUUCUGAAUUGAAAGUCCACCUGUGCUCUGCUUUUACCAGAGUGACUUGAGGCUUUCCGUCGCCGUUUUUCAUCUCAGAGCGCUUGGGUGUACUACUUUGUUGAAAAUACUUCUCUCUUAUGGGUUCUGUUUUCUGAAGAAAAUAGUAAGGUGGUCAUGUAACAAGGACAGAUUUCUCAACCCUGGCAUGUUUUUAUCAAGUGCAUUCAAAGUUAAAGCUGUGAGCUACCUUUUCUUGGCCAGUAAUACGGUAAAGUCAGCGGCAGUUUAUCUAAAUUUACUAAUUUCAGUAUGGCUUUAAUUAUCAAAGAUGUUUAAAGUGACACAUAGAGAAUGUAUACAUACAAAUUAGUGCAUGUGUAGUUUAUUAAAAUAGGUUUGAAAUGAACUAUUACCUUGGCAUACAUUCUUAAAAAUUUUAAGUGGUUGAGAUUAAGUGGAAUUACACUGAUAUCCUAUGUGAGAGUGGUGGUUCCUGACAGUCUAAGUCGGUCUCUAGUGACCCCUUGCCCACUGGGAGAGUGUGUCCUGUCAUACGUGGGCGCUGGUAACCAUCUGAAUGCUGUACAUUGUUUCUACAUUGGUGGGCUGAGACCCUGGGCACCUUGACCUCUGGUCCACUCUCCUUUCCCCGCACCCACUGUUGUGAAGAACUUCCCCCGCCCACGUGUGUGUUGCCUUCGAAAUUUGUUUGAAAGGCUAGCAGGUGAGACUCUAGGGGAUGAUCAUGUAUUAAUAAAGAUUACAAAAGUAAAAUAUUUGUCCUGUUAGGUCAGUGUUAUGCUUUAAUGGUUUUAAUUACUAAUUUUCAGAAUCCCUCAUUUAAAAAAUAUUUUUUCUAGUAUUUUAAAGUAAUGGCAUUUGUUGUUACAGGUUUAUGUGUGACUUUUCAGGAUUUUGGAACAUAAACAUUUAUAAGAGGUGGUCAAUGGUAUUUGAGUCUUUUGGGUGUAAAAUUUUUUUUAAAAUUAUAAUUUUAAAUUAUCUUUUUAAAAGAAUUUACCACACUUCAAAUUUGAGUAAGUGCUUGGGGAGUGAAUUAGUUUGACUUGCAUAUGGUUUAUUAGUCUGGAUUACUUAAUACCAAUUCAUUGAUUUAACUGCUUCCCACUAAGUAUAUAUUGUUAUUGAUAAAUACGCAUGAAAUUCAUAUUGUUUUGAAAAUUUAGAGUACAUGGCUGGAAAAUAUCAAUAUGUUUCCCACCCUGGAUUUGGUGUGUGACCAUGUGGGCGGCUCUGGAAGACGCGUCGUGAGGUAUAGACUUCGGUCAAAGCUGUGCUCACUCUUCUCGUGGGUACACAGCCGUGCUUGCAUGUACACGUUAAAGAGUGUAAGUGCGGAUGAUACUGUCUAGUGUCAUGAAUAACAGUUUGGGGAGUUACUUAAGGAAUUUUUUCCCCCAGAUUUCCUCGGUGAGUAUAUUUUUUAGACAUAUGUGUGUAGCAUUAUAGUAUAAUUAAUUGCUGGGAAGGAUCUAAAAGGCACUGAUUUCACUUUUCUGAGAAGUAACAAUAUGAUUUUCCAGUAACAACUUGAUUGGCUUUUGGUUGUGUUCACAAAAAGAUUCCAGCUCCGAAGAUUUUGGAAAGCGUUUGUAUUUUGUAUAUAAAA